CUUUUUUUUUUUUUUUCCUUAGUAUUUCCUAUUUUUAUAGUUUUAUUUUGGGUCUUUUUGGUCCGGCGGCUCCAUUGCGUAUUUUCCCGCAAAUUCUUGGCGCUUUUUCCUGGAGAGCUUCUAUGUAUUUUCAUGGUCACUUACUUUCUCUUCAGGCUUUUUUAUAGUGCGAAACAGGAGAGUUGAUGUAGCUAUGAAACCUGACUAAUCAAAUUUUGCAAGCGGUUGUCUUGCAACUGUGUUCUUAUCAAAUGGACAUGGUGGUUUUUACCUUCUAGCUUUUGUUGGCUCUUACAAGAUGGCAUUAGAUAUGUUUACACCUGCCUCAUCUGUCUUGGCACCAGAAUUCUUUACCCAGAUUGUAGAGGACGUGAUUGAGAUCACACUUGCUACCAACAAUGUACUCAUUGAGAAAGAGAGUUUUAAGGAACUUGCCAUCUACUUGGAAAGGACUGUACCCAUCCUAAAUGAGUUUAAUAAGAAAGACACAGGUCAUUCAGAGAGCUUAAACAAUGCAAUUGAGAUUCUCAAUAGAGAAGUUAAAACUGCAAAGCAAUUAACUAUGGAGUGUACUAAAAGAAAUAAACUAUAUCUCCUGAUGAAUUGCCGGACAAUAGUCAAGCGUUUAGAAAACAUCACUAGGGAAAUUAGCCUGGCUCUAGAUCUUCUUCCUUUGGCUACUUUGGAUCUUGCAUCUGGUAUAAUUGAAGAGAUUGCAGAACUCCGACAUAGUCUGCAAAGAGCUGAGUUCAAGGCAGCUAUAGCAGAAGAAGAGAUAUUGGAGAAAAUUGAGUCGGGAAUACAAGAGAGGAAUGUUGAUCGUUCUUAUGCCAAUAAUUUACUGGCUCACAUAGCUGAGGUGGUUGGUAUCUCAACUGAGAGGGCUGCAUUGAAGAAAGAAUUUGAAGACUUCAAGAGUGAGAUUGAAAAUGCCCAUCUACUGAAGGACCAAGCUGAAUCGAUACAAAUGGCUCAGAUAAUUGCUUUACUAGAAAGAGCAGAUGCAGCUUCUUCUCCUAAGGAGAAAGAGAUGAAGUAUUUCACAAAACGGAAGUCCUUGGGUAGUCUAACAUUGGAACCUCUCCAAUCAUUUUAUUGCCCAAUCACUCGGGAUGUUAUGGUUGACCCUGUGGAGACCUCUUCAGGACAAACGUUUGAGCGAAGUGCAAUAGAGAAAUGGCUUGCAGAUGGGAACAAAUUGUGUCCUCUGACCAUGACUCCUCUGAACACAUCAAUUCUAAGGCCUAAUAAAACUUUGAGGCAAUCAAUUGAAGAAUGGAAGGAUAGGAACACGAUGAUUACAAUUGCUUCCAUGAAAUCAAAACUUACAAAUGAAGGAGAUGAAGAAGUGCUUCAUUGCCUGGAACAGUUAGAAGAUCUCUGUGUACAAAGAGACCAGCAUCGGGAAUGGGUAAUAUUGGAGAAUUAUAUACCAGUUCUUAUUCAACUUCUUCGUGAAAAAAAUCUUGACAUAAGGAAUCGUGCUUUGGUCAUCCUCUACAUCCUAGCAAAAGAUAGUGAUGAUGCAAAGGAAAGAAUUGCAAAUGUUGACAAUGCAAUUGAAUAUAUAGUUCAAUCCCUUGGCCGUCGGAUUGGGGAAAGGAAGUCAGCAGUGGCAUUACUGUUGGAAUUAUCUAAAUGUACUCUGGUAAGGGACUAUAUUGGAAAGGUUCAAGGUGGCAUUCUCCUCUUGGUGACUAUGUCAAGCAGUGAUGACAGUCAAGCUGCCACAGAUGCCCAGGAGCUGUUGGAAAAUCUUGCAUUCUCUGAUCAAAACAUCAUACAAAUGGCAAAGGCAAAUUAUUUCAAACAUUUGCUGCAGCGCCUAUCUACAGGGCCAGAAGAAGUGAAAAUGAUCAUGGUGUCAACUUUGGCAGAGAUGGAUUUAACUGACCACAAUAAAGCAUCUUUAUUUGGAGAAGGUGUGUUGAGUCCACUUCUCCACUUUGUCUCAGAUGGUGAUGCAGGGAUACAGAAGGUGGCCAUCAAGGCUCUUCGGAACCUCUCAAGUUUACCAGCAAAUGGCCUGCAGAUGGUUAGAGAAGGUGCAGUGCGCCCAUUACUUGACCUUCUUUUCCGGCAUAUCUCAUCGUCUUCAGGUUUGCGUGAACAGGUGGCAGCCACAAUUAUGCAUCUGGCUGAAUCAAUAGUGUCUCAAGGAUCCAGCCCAACACCAAUAUCAUUGCUGGAAUCUGAUGAAGAUGCUUUGAGGCUUUUCUCUUUGAUAAACUUGACAGGGCCAGAUGUGCAACAAAACAUUCUCCGUAUCUUCUAUUCAUUGUGCCAGUCGCCCUCAGGGGCAAGCAUCCAGACCAAAUUGACUGAGUACUCAGCUGUACAAGUAUUGGUUCAGUUAUGUGAGCAAGAGAAUCAAAAUGUACGAGCAAAUGCUGUAAAGCUGUUCAGUUGCUUGGUAGAAGGUGGAAAUGAAGCCACCAUCCUAGAACAUGUGGAUCGGAAGUGCCUUGAGACCUUGCUGAGGAUCAUCCAAUCUUCUAAUGACUUGGAAGAGAUUGCUUCAGCAAUGGGCAUUAUCUCUAACCUUCCAGAAGAUCGCCAAAUUGCUGAGUGGCUUCUGAAUGCUGGUGCAAUACCAGUAAUUUUCAAAAUUCUCCCAAAUAGCAAGCAGAAUGAUCCCCAUAGGAAUCGGUUAGUUGAAAAUGCUGUUGGAGCCAUAUGCCGUUUCACUGUUCCAACGAACUUGGAAUGGCAAAAGAAAGCAGCAGAAGCUGGUAUUAUUCCUAUGUUAGUGCAGCUGCUAGACUUUGGAACUACCUUGACAAAGAAAAAUGCCGCUAUUUCUCUCACUCAUUUUUCAGAGAAUUCAUUGAUGUUGAGUCGUCCAAUACCAAAACAGAAGGCCAGGUUUUGUUGCUUCUCGGUUCCACCAGAAACUGGCUGCAGGAUUCAUGGGGGAGUCUGUGCUGUUGAAUCAUCAUUUUGCCUUGUGGAAGCUGAUGCAGUAAAACCUCUUGUGAGGGUUCUUGAAGAUCCAGAUCCUGGAGCCUGUGAGGCAUCUUUAGAUGCACUAUUGACCUUAAUUGAAGCUGAAAGACUUCAAAGUGGUGGCAAGGUGCUUGCAGAAGCAAACGCUAUACCAUCAAUUAUAAAAUUUCUAAGCUCUUCCUCCCCAACGUUGCAGGAGAAGGCUCUAAAUGCUCUAGAAAGGAUAUUCAGACUGCCAGAGUUCAAACAGAAUUAUGGGCCCUCUGCUCAGAUGCCUUUAGUUGAUUUAACACAGAGGGGGAACAGCAGCAUGAGGUCUCUCUCGGCCAGAAUACUGGCUCACUUGAAUGUUCUUCAUGAUCAGUCUUCUUACUUCUAAAGAAAUGUAAUUGUUUUAAUGCACUUAAUAAUGGCCCCAACGAACAGAGGAUGCUUGGUUAGAUGGAAGUUGCAUGGUCGUCAGUUCAAGAACACUAUUAGAUGGAUCUAUUUUUAUGCAGACAAGUUGAUGACCAGGCACAUAUCACGUCUUGAUGGUUUAGCUUUGCUAUAAUGGGGAAAGAGGUGCAGUAUGACUCUACGACCUGGCAUGACAGUAGACAUUUGUAACACUGGACAGAGCUGCAAUAGAUUAUCAUGCUGCCUCUUCAGCUGGAAAAAGCUAAACUGAAGAGUUAAUGGUGUUGAAGCAUUUUCUAUCCUUUUGUUGUUGUAAAGAGAAUUAUUGCCAGAGAAAUGGGAUUGUAGAAGUGGCUCACAUUAAAUGCCACAGAAGUUGUUCUAUACAGUUGAAGUCCUUCGUCAUUGGAAGGACAGGAACAAAAAUCAGCCCAAGUCACCAAUGUUAGACUAGUUAGCAAUUGUCAUGUUUUUGACAUAGUUGCAGUUAUUUUCAUAUGUAUAAGCAAACAUGUGCAGCAAAUUCUUAAUGAAGUCAAAAGUAUUGAAUUAGUCAUUUUUA